AUGGCCCUUGUGCUCACUUUGGUUCUCAGUCUCCUUAGGCUGGGCUCAGGCCAGUGGCAGGUGAUUGGACCAGACAAGCCCGUCCAGGUCGUGGUGGGGGAGGACGCAGUGUUCUCCUGCUUCCUCUCUCCUAAGACAAGUGCAGAGGCCAUGGAGGUACGGUUCUUCAGAGAUCAAUUCUAUGCUGUGAUGCACCUCUACAGAGAAGGGAAAGACCAGCACGAUGUGCAGAUGCCAGCCUAUCGAGGGAGAACUGAGUUGGUGACGGACUUCAUAGCGGAGGGGCAUGUCUCCCUGAGGCUGGAGAAGGUCACUUUCUCAGACACUGGUCUCUAUGGAUGCUGGUUCAGCUCUCAGACUAAUGACCAGGAAGCCACUUGGGAGCUGCAGGUUUCAGGCCUGGGUUCAGGACCCCUGGUUUCUAUUAUGGGAUAUGUUGGUAAAGGCAUCCAGCUACUCUGCAAGUCCUCAGGCUGGUUCCCCCAGCCCAUAGUGAAGUGGAAAGAUCCACAAGGACAUGACUUGCCCUCUGACUCAAAGGUGAAUGCAGACAGACAUGGCUUGUUUGAUGUGGAGACCUCCCUUAUAGUCCAAGAAAAUGCUGGGAGCAUAUCAUGUUCCAUCCAGUACCCUGACCAGAGCCAAGACGUGGAAUCCAGGGUAUGGAUAAGAGAGACUUUUUUCCAGUUCUCAUCCUAUCGCUUGGCUUCCAUUUUACUGGGAAUACUCAGCUGUGUCCUGUGUGUUGGAAUCGCAGGGGAAGUGAUAUUUUACUCAAUAUCCAAAAGAAAAACCAGGGCAGAAUUGGACUGGAGAAAGAAGCAUGGAGUGUCAGAACUGAGAGACGCCCGGAAACAUGCAGUGGAGGUGACUCUGGACUCUGACAUGGUUCAUCUGCAGGUCUACAUUUCUGAUCUGAAAGCUGUGUCCUAUAGUAACGUUACCCAAAUGGCGACUUUUUUGGAGAAGAGAUUUCUAAAGAAGUGUGUGGUGGCUUCUCAGGGAUUCCAGGAAGGAAAACAUUACUGGGAGGUGAACGUGGGGUGCAAUAAAAUGUGGUCCUUGGGAGUGUGCCGGGAUGACGUGAACAUGGAGAUGACAGAUGUGACUUUGUCUCCCAAAAAUGGAUACUGGGUGUUAGGACUGGAGAAAGAAAAUCAGUAUUUCACAUUUAACCCUCAUAGAAUCAUCCUCUCUCCAAGAACCCCCCCUACGCUAGACUAUGAGGUUGGGGCAAUCUCCUUCUUCAAUGUAAAUGAUCAGUCCUUCAUUUAUACCCUGACACAUCAGUUUGAAGGGUUACUGAGGCCCUACAUCCAGCAUUAUGUGAAUGAUGAGGAAAAUAUGACUUCCAUAGUGAUUUGCCCAGUGUCCCAGGAAUCAGAGAAAGAAGUGCUUUCUGACACAGACAACCUAGAGCCCUCCCCACAGGUGACCAUACUCUUCCUCUCCAGGAUGAUGCCCUGA